AUGCCCAGCCUGAGUGCGGAGCCCCCGUUGGCCGAUGCGGCUCCAGCGCACCAGCCCCCCUUUGGUCCAGGCGCCAUGCCGGCCAGUCCCCUUCCUCCGACGGCGGUGUCCUCGCCGCUACAUCCUGGCGGUGAUGGCCCCGCGGCCGCGCGAUCGCCCCUCACCGGUGGCCUGCCUCAGACCCCCCUCCCGUCGAACAUGGCCGACCUGUCGAGCCCCGGGGGUGCGAUCCCAGCGGUGGCCAGCAGCAACGCCAACAUCAGCAGCAGCAGCAGCAGCAGCAACAAUGGCAGCCCGCCGGCUCCGGAGCCCGGGCCUCCGGCAUACUCGACCCCCGCCGUGGCGCCCUUUGCCAAGCUCUCCUCCGCGUCGCUGACCAUCCCGGCCCCGGGCGGGGCGCCCUUCUCGUCAGGCGUCUCCCUGCCGAGUGGCCACAGCCACCAUGGCGGGCCGACCGUCAGCGCGCUCUAUGGCCAUCCGUCAGCGUUGCUUGGGGGUCCUGGCGCCGGUGGGUCCGGGGCAGGCACCCUCGGCCGAGCGCCGCACACGUCCAGCAUCUUCUCCUCCUCGCGUGGAAUGGCCCCCGCUUCGUUGGGGACCCUGAAGCACCGGUUAACGCGCAUGGCACGGCGAGCCACCCGCCGCGACCAAAUGGACUUCGAGAUGGCCUUCUGGACCGUGGCCCAGUUGCUGAUCUCCCCGCGGCAAGUCUACCGCUCGUCGUACUACCGCAAGCACUCGACCGGUUCCUGGGCUCGAGAUGAUCCCGCGUCAUACAUCAUUACUGGGGUGCUGGUUUUCGCUCUUUCACUGCUCAUCGGUCUCACGGUCAAACGGUCAAUCUUGUCGGCCUUCUUCGGGGCUCUGCGCAUUUUCCUGCUUGAGUGGCUUCUUUUCUCCUGCGUCGCUGGUGCCUGCUUCACCUGGCUUGUUGCUGAACGCGUCCUGCGGCGCGACUUCUCCCAGCAGGCUCUCCCGACACACCCGCAUGAGGCGGUUGAGCCGCUCUUCUCGCUGGAAAUCCACCUCAACGCCACGGUUGGCAUGGCUCUUGCUUGGUUCCUGCUGUGGAUCCUGUCGAGCUGGACGCUGGCCGCCUCAGCCGGACGGCUGGCCGCCUUUGUGGCGAACCUUCUCCUGUCAAUCGGCGUCUUUCACUACUGUUACAUCGUCGCCCUGGGUUAUGGUGCCCUGCCCACGGUCAAGCAUUCGGUCAUCCUCCUGGCGCCGGCCGCCGUGUUCUUGGUCUUCACCCCGCUGCUGGCCCUACUGACUGGCUACAAUGUGCCCUACAAUCUAGCACUGCGUUACUUCUACUAGUCUCGCCGCGUAUGGCCGCCAGCGCGCGAGGAGGACCGAAAAACCCGGCAAGUACUCGUCCAUAUCCCGAUAUCGUUGCUCCCUCCCCCCCCGUGAAAAAAUACAACGAACAAACACACAAGCCCAGACCGCACCAGAACAUAAUAGCAACCAACAGGCCAGUCCUUCCGCGGCGCCUCUAUGCCCACUCCCGCUCUCCUGCAUGCCGCCCG